AUGAUGUGACCAUAACCUCAAAAAUUUGUUUUCCUUUUACUGUUUUUUUUUUUCAUAACACAUUUUAUUAGAUCGUUUAUACCACAGUAAAAAAGCAUAACCAAUUUAAAAUGUCUGAAGGUUCCAGCAAAGAUACUAGCGCUUUAAAAGCGCCUAUGGUUUACAUCUGUGGGGAAUGCCACAAUGAAAAUGAAAUAAGGCCCAGAGAUCCGAUCCGUUGUCGAGAAUGUGGUUAUCGUAUUAUGUACAAGAAGAGGACCAAAAGAUUGGUAGUCUUUGAUGCCAGAUAAAUGAAGAUCAUGAAAGAUCUCUCACUUAGGUUAAGGAAUUACAAAAAUAGAUUUAAUUACCCUUUAGGACUAUUAUUAUUUCAGUAAAUUGUACCUUUUCUUAGUAAUAAACUAAAUACUUACA